AUGAACAAAGCGGGUGGUAGUGGUUCUAAAUUUAAUUAUGAAGAUCAAAUUGAUCGACGCCGCCGAGAACAACAUCGUAAACACCAACUGAAAUAUCGUCGAUCACGACGUAAAUGUUGUAAGCCAAUUACAAAUGCCGUUUAUAUCUCAAGAAAUAUUGAUAAUAUCACGUCCGACUCAGAAGUUGAAAAUAUUGAAAAUGAACAUAUAAUAUAUAAUAACAACGACUCUACAGACAACAUAAAUAUUUCAAGUGAAGAAGUAGAUAAAUAUUUAUCUACACAUGUUAUUCGAUCAUAUGAUGCUCAUAAUAUGGAUGAACUUCAAUUAAGUGAUGAUGAACAAUAUUUUUCUAAUGUUACUCGUGGAAAUAGUGAUUCUGAGGAGGAAAUUGAUAACAAUGCUUUAUCAAUAGCGAAUUUUAUCCGGAAAUCUAACCUUAAUCAUUCUGAUACAACACACCUCCUUCAACUUCUUCGAACCAUUCGUUUUGAUGAAGAAAUUCCGAGAACAGAAAAUGAUUUAUGGAACAAAUUAGGUGUUGAAUUUAAUUUUCAGUCUUUCGUCUUUUGCACUUCCUGUUCAGCCAAAUUGGUUAAGUUUUCAGACUGGUGUAAUUGUGCUGCAUCAUUUAAAAAAAUUAAUUCUGAACUCAUUGUAUUUUCUGUAUCAUCUGCAUUGACAAAUAUUAUUAAACAAAAUAUUGAUUUAAUAGACUGGUAUCGGCAAGAAGAUAAUCAAAUUGUACCUGAUAUUGUUAAAGGUUCUGUUUUUAAGAAAAAACGAAGAAAUAAUUCAAUUACCAUAUUGAUUAGCACAGAUGGUAAGCCUACUUUGAAAAGUAGUCAAAGUUCUAUAUGGCCGAUUCUCGGUAGUAUAGUUGAAAUACCUCCACCUGUUCGUGAAUUUCAAGAUAAUAUUAUGCUAUUUGCCUUAUGGCAUUCGCCGAAUGCACCUAAUGCUAAUGUUUUUAUUACUGAUGUUAUUAAUCAAAUCGUUCAACUUCAAAAAAAUGGUUUGUCUAUUGAUUUAGCAGCUAAAGGUAUUCGUAUAUUUGAAAUUGAUGUUCAAUUAUUGGUUGGUGAUUUGCCAGCCAGGGCAAAACUUACUCGUCUUAAUGGACACUCUGGAUAUUUUGCUUGUAGUAAUUGUUUAUAUGAAGGUGUAUCAUGUCCAUAUCAUAGACAUACAUUAUAUACUUGGUCUAAUUUUUGUGCAGCUAAACCUAGUGUUCGUACACAAGAACACAUUGACUGGUGUGCAAUGCGAGGAGAAGUUUCAAAUAAAAAAGUAUAUGGUGUUCAUGAAGCAUCACCAUUAUCACGUAUUAUGUCGAUACCUAUUCAAUGUGUAUAUGAUUAUUUUCAUCUGAUUUUUGAAAUACAUUUGACUAUGCUUGUCAAGAAAUGGAAAUUACGAUUGACACAAGUUAAUAUAAAUUAUAUUAAUAAACUACUUAAUGAUGUUUCUUAUCCUCAUUCUUUCAACCGAAAACCGAAAAAUUUUAAUUUGUUUAAUCAAUGGAAAGCAAGCGAACUACGAACAUUCUUUCUUUAUCUCGCUUUACCGACGAUUAUUCGUGCUCAACCAGCUUUAUCUGAUAAAAUAAUUUACCAUUUUUCUCUUUUAUUCAUUUAUGUCAGAAUAUUACGUUAUUUUGAUGAUCGUUAUCAAAUACAUGAUAUGAAGAUAUUUAUCGAAAAAUAUUUGCAAAUGUUUUCAACCAUAUAUGGUCAGUGUCAUGAAUUGUUAUCAACUCAUGUAUUAAUUCAUCUUACGGAACAAUGUACUCGUCAUGGUGGUUUAAGUUAUCACAGUAUGUUUACAUUUGAAAGUCAAUUACACUAUUUAAGAAAAAUGGCACAUGGAACAACUUCCCUUGCUCAACAAAUUGCGUUCUGGUAUACCAUUGAUAAAAAACUUAAUACAAAAAAAAAAUAUUCUGUUGAUUUAUUAACAAAGCAAGAGCUUCGACGUGAUAUUUUCUUUGAUAACAACAUUCGUAUUUUAUAUCAACAAGCAUUUCAAAAUGCAUGUCAUUUAUUCUUCGGUUUACACAUCGAUCAUGUAGUAGAAUAUAUUUCUCGUUUUGGAUCAGGUCUUAAAAUGUAUCAUUCACUUGCUUAUCUUCGUAAAAGAAGCACAGCUAGUCAUCGAGUUUGUGUUCCCAAUCCACGAUGCACAAAAAAAAUUUGCUUUGGUGAAAUUAUUUUCUUUUUUUCAUACCGUCAGGAAAAUUUUUUAUUGUUAAAACAAUAUCGUUGUUCACUUCGUACUUUUUCGUCUUUUAUAUCAUAUGAAAACUGUUUAGAAUCAUGGUCAGAUUAUAUCAAUCGUUUUUAUCAUAUUAUUGAAAGUUCAUCGUUCCAUUUUGUUAUCUUACCCUGUACUUCAAUUGUUAAUAAGUGUUUGUUUAUUCCAUUUAGUGAUACAGAUUUUGUGUGUACUGAAAUUGAACAUGAACUAGAACAUGAUUAA